UUUACAAUGGAUAUCAGUUACUAAACCCGACGUCAACUUCAUCUUCCCCUUCUAUCCAUUCUUCUGACAGUCGCCAGCGACUGUCUUCUUUCUUCCUCCGUCCGGUCUUCCUCUCCUUCGCUAUGGGCUCCAUGGCUUCACCCGUUCUAUUGUUAUGCCUUUUUCUGCUUCUCACCUUCAUGGUCACUGCUAAAAAGACGUAUAUCAUCCAAAUGAAACACCAAGAUAAGCCGGAAUCCUUCCAGACCCAUCACGACUGGUACACCGCCAGCCUCCAUUCUCUGUCCUUCGAUUCCAGUUCACUUCUCUACUCCUACACCAGUGCUUUCCAUGGCUUUGCGGCCUCUCUUGAUGACGAACAAGUUGAAUCUCUCCGUAAGUCUGAAUCUGUGCUCGGUGUGUAUGAAGAGAGUGUGUAUACACUCCAUACCACUCAUAGUCCUCAGUUCCUUGGUCUUGAUUCUCAGUUCGGGCUCUGGGAAGGCCACAGCACCCAGGACCUUGAACAGGCCUCGAGAGAUGUAAUCAUUGGAGUUCUCGACACCGGAGUCUGGCCGGAAUCUAAGAGCUACGAUGAUACGGAGAUGCCGGCGAUUCCAAAGAAAUGGCGCGGCAAGUGCGAGUCGGGUUCUGAUUUUAGCCCCAAGCUUUGCAACAAGAAGCUGAUUGGUGCGAGAAGUUUUUCGAAGGGUUUUCGUACCGCUACUGGCAGUAGUUCGAAGAAUCCGAAGGAGAUCGAAUCCCCGCGCGACAGGGACGGUCACGGGACUCACACGUCGAGCACUGCAGCGGGAUCCCAUGUAGCCAACGCUAGUCUGCUCGGUUACGCCAGUGGGACAGCGCGUGGGAUGGCCACCUUCGCCCGCGUUGCAACAUACAAGGUUUGCUGGAGCGCCGGUUGUUUCGGGUCCGAUAUUCUCGCCGGGAUGGAUCGAGCCAUCCUCGACGGCGUCGACGUGCUCUCAUUGUCUCUCGGUGGUGGGUCCGGACCGUACUACCGCGAUACGAUCGCCGUUGGAGCUUUCACUGCAAUUGAGAAAGGCGUUUUCGUCUCUUGCUCCGCCGGGAACAGUGGACCGAACAAGGCAAGCCUUGCCAACGUGGCACCCUGGAUCAUGACCGUCGGUGCCGGAACUAUGGAUCGGGAUUUCCCUGCUUAUGCUACCCUCGGCAACAGAGUUCGGUACACCGGCGUGUCUCUUUACAGCGGCAAGGGAUUAGGAAAUCAACCAGUGGCUUUGGUUUAUAAAAAAGGAAGCAAAGAUAUAGGCAAUUUGUGUUUGCCCGGUUCACUCGACCCAGCCAUGGUCCGUGGGAAGGUGGUGGUCUGCGACAGGGGAAUAAACGCACGUGUGGAGAAGGGACAAGUGGUACGCGAUGCCGGUGGUGUGGGGAUGAUACUGGCGAACACUGCCGCCAGCGGCGAGGAAUUAGUGGCCGACAGUCACUUGUUACCGGCAGUGGCGGUGGGAAAGAAAGUAGGGGACAAAAUCCGAAACUACGUGCAAACCGACCGAAAACCAACAGCUGUGCUUGCCUUCGGUGGAACCGUGCUGAAUGUACGACCGUCUCCGGUGGUUGCGGCAUUCAGUUCCCGAGGACCAAACAUGGUGACGCCGCAGAUCUUGAAGCCGGACGUGAUUGGACCGGGGGUUAACAUUCUGGCCGCCUGGUCAGAUGAUGUCGGUGUAUCCAGCCUGGAAAAGGAUACCCGGAAAACCAAAUUCAAUAUCCUGUCAGGAACAUCAAUGUCCUGCCCACACAUCAGUGGGCUAGCAGCGUUGCUGAAAGCAGCGCACCCCAAUUGGAGCCCAAGUGCAAUAAAGUCCGCCCUCAUGACCACAGCCUACACCCAGGACAACACAAAUUCCCCUCUCCGUGAUGCUGCUGAUGGCUCCUUGUCUAACCCAUGGGCUCACGGCGCCGGCCAUGUUGACCCACAAAAAGCCCUCUCCCCGGGUCUAGUCUAUGAUAUCUCCACGGCAGAAUACAUUGCAUUCCUCUGCUCACUUGACUAUGCUGCCGAACAUGUCCAGGCUAUUGUCAAGCACCCGAACGUCACCUGCUCGACGAAAUUCAAAGAUCCUGGCCAGCUCAAUUACCCUUCGUUCUCUGUCUUGUUUGGAAACAAUAGGGUUGUAAGGUACACUCGCGCACUGACGAAUGUAGGCUCAGCUCCAUCCACCUACAAUGUGACAGUCACUGGGCCUUCAACCGUUGGAAUCACGGUAAAGCCCACGCAGCUUGUGUUUAGGAGUGUAGGAGAGAGGAAGAGGUACACAGUGACGUUUGUUGCAAAGAAGGGGACCAGUCCAUCAACCAAACCAGAAUUCGGUUCCAUUGUUUGGGGCAAUACCCAACACCAAGUAAGAAGCCCAGUCUCAUUCUCAUGGACACAAUUGUUGGAGUUUUAAGGUUAAUUUCUGGGUAAGGACACCAGUUUGCUCGGAGAAAAACUGCUGGACCGCCCACAACCAAUUUGACAAAAGACCGCUUUGCUGAAGCUUGUAGUCCAGAAGAAUAAUUCGGAUCAUAUCGCAGAUUUUAUUUGCUUCUCUUGCAUUAGUAUAACCUAUUGUAAUUGGAUAACAUAAAUACCAUUUCCAGUCCAUGAAUCAUUAUAAUCAUAACAGAUGUCUGUCUUGUUAAACCAUUACAAAUUUGGGAAGCCAAAUCAAACCCAAGACCAACCUGAGGAAAAAGUGCACCUUCAGUCAGUUGAGUGGGAGCCUAGUAGCAAUUAGAGCAUAUGCCUUUGAUUAUCAUAUAAUUUUGUGUUCUCAUAGCAAUUUACAGAAGAAAACAAUAAAAGUUACUUGAUUAA